UGAUAACGUUCAUAACCUUACACAUUGUUUUAAGCUUGUAGGUUAUCAAUCUCUGUGCAAUUUUAUCAAUGGCAAUGAAAUUUUAAUUAGUCGUCAUUAGAACUUUAAAAAAUGCCAAAAGGACGCUAACAUUAUCGUCUAGUAUUUAAUUAAUUGAAAACUGGUAUAAUUUAACAUAUAAAAAAUAUAUAUACUCUGUAAAAACUUAAAAUGAUAAUUAUACCCAACUGUUUAAGUAAGUGCCUUUCUCAUAGUUUUCCAAAGCAUAUUAUGGAGUCCCAACAGUUCUAUCACAGAUAUGGGAUGAUUAAAUGCUCACAUCUUAAAUUCAUAUAUCCGUAUAUGAAAAACAUAAAGUUCAUCUCUACUUCAUCAAAGUGUCUGAAUUCAGAAGAAGCUGGUUCUAAGCAGUCUUCAAAUCCAACUGUAGAUUUGCUAAAAAAUGCCAUAAGCAAAGUUUUGAGUGCCUUUGAUAACAGAUCAGUAGUUGAAGCAGAAAUUAAUUGUCAGUUAACUACGAUUACAUUUUGUAAUGAGGUAAAAAUGGAUGUGAAAUCUCAGACUCAACCUUCAAUUAGCCAAAACAUCAUCAAAGACAUCAAGUUUGAACCAAUUAAGAAAGAACCCGACUUAUUGACUCCUAUUCCUUCUCUUCCAACUCCUGGUAAUCCUAAAAAUGCUAACUCCAAAGGAAAGGAAAUCCUUAAAGCAAAAGAUCCUUUAAUAAAAGCGGUCAAGAAAAAAGUACGCGUAGAUUUGAGUGUUGCUUCUAUGGAACGCAAUUUUAUCACACCUGCUAGGGCGAUUUCUGAUUUCCUUCUAAAGCCUCAAGACUUGGAAUCUUUGAAAGCUACCAAAAGGCGAUCCCCAUAUGAAAAUGAACCUCCCAUCACUGUUUACUGGCGAAAGGAUGUUGAAGCAAAAGCCAUUGAGGUAUGGGGGUCAAAAGAAAAUUUGCAGAAAGAAUUAUUUAAAAGAGAUCUAGAAAGGAAAUUUCAUCAACAAAAUUUAUUUGCUAAUAAAAGACGAUUGAGGGACUACAGAAGAGUUCGAAAUUCUCAAAAUGACAUUGCUUUCUCUAAAACUUCUGGUUUACUAGGCUCAUCAGGAAAAGUUGUAUUGACAGCAGUAGCAAUAAACGGAAGUAACUUUGUAUUCAAGCUGGCUGCCUGGCUCUAUUCUGGUUCACAUAGUAUGUUUUCAGAGUGUAUUCAUUCAUUGGCAGACACCAUUAAUCAACUAAUCCUCGCUUUUGGUAUUCAUAAAUCUGUACAGACUGCUGAUGAAGUUCACCCUUAUGGAUAUUCAAAUAUGAAGUAUGUUUCAUCUCUCAUAUCCGGAGUUGGUAUAUUCUGUGUGGGUACUGGCCUUUCUAUUUACCAUGGGAUCACAGGCCUUUACAAUCCAGCACCUGCUGAAUCUUACUUCUGGGCAUUCUGCAUAUUGGGAGGGUCAUUAGUCUCUGAAGGUGCUACGCUAUUGGUGGCUAUUAAUUCAAUAAAGAAAGGUGCUGCUGCCAAAGGAAUGACUUUUACAGAAUAUGUUCUGAGAGGACAGGAACCAUCUGUUAAUGUGGUGCUACUUGAAGACCUAGCUGCUGUUCUGGGUGUUACCGUUGCUGCGUCCUGCAUGGGUUUGACAUCCCUCACAGGAUCACAUGUUCCCGAUGCUGUUGGUUCACUUAUUAUCGGUGGCCUGUUGGGAGUUGUGGCUUCUUUUAUUAUAUACACUAAUGUGGCUGCUCUUGUUGGAAGAUCUAUUUCCGAAGAAUUUCUGGAAAAAAUCAAUACUGAAUUGGAAUCAGAUGUAAUGAUUAGGGCCAUCCAUGAUGUAAAAGGUAUAGAUAUUGGAAAUAAUCUUGUUCGUUACAAAGCUGAACUUGAUUUCGAUGGAAGAGAGUUGGCAAAAGCUUAUCUCGAUUCACAGAAUAUUCAUGCGUUGCUUGAGGAAGUCCAGCAGUUUAAAACUAUUGAUGAAUUAGAGCAGUUUAUUCUUAAACAUAGUGAAAACAUAAUUGAUAUGAUGGGUGGUGAAAUAGAUAGAAUUGAAGUGAAAUUGAGGGCCAAAUUCCCUGAAAUUAGACAUUGUGAUUUAGAAAUAUUGUAAAUGGUAUGGAGCUGAAAUAUUUCAUUUGAUUGCUGUGAUAGAUAGGUUCUAUUUAAUGGUGAAUCUCCUAUUGGAAUUUUUAAUCUGUCCUCUUGACUCAUCAGAUAGAUUCUUCAUAUGACAAUAAUAAAAAGAAAAAAAAAUAGGAAGAAUUGAAACAGAAGGAAGAUGGUAAUUUAAUACUAAUCUUACAUUCCAAGAAGAAUGUAAAUGUUUUUAAGAAACCUCUUCUGGUGUGAAGUUGGUAAUUCACCUGUAAUGACUGUUCUCCCUACAUCUGUAUCUUUCCUAACAUACUUUAUUAAAGUAUUGCUGUUUAUAUUUAGUAUUAUUUACAAAAAUAAUUUAUUGUGAUAUUUUAUAGAUGUUAUCCACUGUAGUUGUUAGUAGAAUCUGUUUUCUCUGUAAUUAUUUAUUAAUAUUUUUGUAAAUAUUUUAGUAAUUUAGUUAUUUGUGCGAUGGAAAAGAUUAUAUUAUUUUUUGGGACUGCUAUUCAAAAACAAAAUCUUUUCUUUACAAGCAUUGACAAGGUGGUCAAAAAUCUUAUAAUAAUUAUUUAACUACUUUAGUAAUUAAAUAGAAACAAAGGAAGCGUUAAAUAAAUCUGUUGAGAUUAAAUAAAGUUUUGUCUUAUAUUGCAGCUACUAUUCGUUUUUUCAUCCUUAGUAAGAAAUGUCUUUGAAUUACACAUUUGUUCUAUAAAAGAGAGUGAUUGUGUAAGUAUCAAAAAUUGUGAUAAGUUUCAAAUUAAAAAAAAAAUGAUAAAACAUUUUUAAGGACACAUUUAUUAUUGAAUUCUGUUACUGUCACUGAUAACAGGUUAAAUUAUAUUCUGUACAUAAAAAAUGUUAUAGUUUUUCACUUGUAAAAAUUUUAAAUUGCUGAUUUGCUUUGUUUUAAAUUAACUAAAUUAUUAUUUUUUUGUUUUUUGUAGUUAAAGUUUAUUUUUGCUGUAAUUAUUUUAUUUUUUUUUUGCAUUUUUUAUUAAGAUGGUUUGAUUUUCAACUAUUGAAUAUUAUAAUGGCAUAAUUAUUUGAAUAUAUAUGUUAUAAGUUUAGCAAUUAGUACUGAAGAAGAUUAUAAGUCAAGAAUAUUUGUUGGUGAUUAAUAAUUGUUAUUACUUUGUUUCUACCACAUUUGGUUAGAAGGAAAUUAAUUGACAAGUACACUGUUGUAUAAAAAAAAAUAAUAAAUUUACAUUUUAACUUAGAUUUUACUAAUCAUGUCAUGUAAUAUGGAGAAUUUAAAGAUAUACUAUUUACAUAUUUCCAUCCAGUGUUAUAUGUUUUGCUGUUAUAUAUUUUAUUUUACCUUGAAGAAAAUGAGAAGUUUUAUACUCAGAGUAACAUCUUCAAUAAUUUUGACCUAAGUUCAAAAAUUUAAUCGAGAAGGUUUAAACCGUUGAAUGAAUAAAUUAAAUAGUCUCAACUACAGUAUCUGGUGGUGAGCCAUUACUUGACUUUGUUUUCAACUAUUUAAUGGUCCUUGAUUGUAUUUCUGAAUUUAAGUCCAAAUUGUUCAAAAUGUGACCUGAACUGCUCAGCUUUUAACAUCCUUAUUUGUUGAACAUGUAAUUCACAAAUUAUGUUGUGUCAAAACCACCUUUAGUAUUAUGCACAUAAGUAUAUCUUCCCUUUAGUUGUAGUUUUGUAUUAGGAUUUUAUUUGUUAAAAGGCCAAAAGUCUGAUGGUAACUGAUUAUGAUUAUUGUACUACAUUUGUGAUUGAUGCUUACACCAGACUGAUAAAAUUAAUUCAGAAACUAGACUGAACCAUUGACAUUUGAAAUCCUUUUACUUGUGUGUUCAUUAAUUUAUUUUUGUUUAGUAAUAUUUUAUCUGUAUAAAAGUUUUAAGUUCUAAUACAUUUAUUUUAAGGCAUAUAUUCUAUUUAUAUAUGAUAUCCUAAGAAAUAAAAAAAAGCUAUAGGUUUUUUUCAAAUGGGGAAAUAACAAAAAAGUGCAUAUUUUUGGAUAUCAUUUAAAUUAUUUGGUGUUAACAUAAUGCUUUGUUCCACAUGUUUUAAUUGAAUUAAAUUAAUUCAUUGUACCUUUAAAUUUUAAGUAAAAUAAACUUUCAAUAGUGCAUAUAUUACUUCCCUUUUUUUAAAAUUACUAUCUUA